UUGUUUUCUUGUUAGACUGCUGAGGCUCACUGGAGAGACCUCUGUGCUUGAAUUCAAUUAUUUCACUUUCCUGUGUGGAUUAGUGAUCCACCCUGCUGAAGACCUGUUGUCUGGUGCCUCAACUCCAGUGACUUAAGACUCUUCACCUGCUAGAUCAGCUCCUUCCAGAUGCCCUUUGGCACAUGAGUGCAAAUUUUUUGCCUUACUACUGUGUUCUUCAUGGAAAAGAAAAAUCCCAGAUUAGUGCUCUUGCAUUCAUUAACUUUUUGCUCUGCUCAGAAGACUUUAUUCUCUGGAUGUUUGCUUGUUUCCGUAGAUAUUGUGCCGUGUACCAUACUGGAUUUGCAAAAGUAUGUCAUAGACGGGGCAACAUACUGUUUCAGAAGACAAAGCUGAAUACAUCGGCAGAUAGUGUUCAAGUGGAUGUGAUUUGAUGAAACAAAUAAUAAUGAAAUAAAGUUCUUUCUGGGAUGACAUAAAAAUUUAGGUAGAGUAUUCCUAUAGAGGACACUCCAGCUGUAUUAGGACAUGUUUCCAGGGGUACAGUGUCUCCUUCCUCCCUGAAAUGUCUUCAGUAAUGUAACAUAAAAUUACAAUUCAAGACAAAUAAUAAAAGUGAACUGAGAGUUAACAAAAGCUUCAGGAUCUAUAACAAAGGAACAGUGGCCUCACAUUUAUCCAUUAAAAAGGUAAUGUGAUUUGAAGAUGCCAGCCCCCUGGCAAAUAUGCUGUGAUAAAAAAUCCAGAACUAAGAAUGGAAAAGCUGAAAUGGACCAUAUGGCAGAGGCGACUGAAAAAAUGCAGAUGAAAAAAGAAAUCACAUUACUAAAUGGAGUUUCUUUAAUUGUAGGGAAUAUGAUUGGCUCUGGGAUAUUUGUAUCGCCCAGAGGUGUUCUAAUGUACAGUGCUUCCUAUGGACUCUCGCUGCUCAUCUGGGCGCUUGGUGGGUUAUUUUCGCUGUUUGGAGCUUUGUGUUACGUCGAACUGGGAACAUCCAUUGUGAAGUCUGGAGGCAGUUAUGCCUACAUCCUGGAAGCAUUUGGUGCCAUUGUGGCCUUCAUCAGACUCUGGUCUUCCUUGCUAAUUAUCGAACCAACAACUCAGGCAGUGAUAGCAAUCACAUUCGCAAACUAUAUUGUUCAACCAAUUUUUCCUCAUUGUGAGCCUCCAUAUGAUGCAGUCAGGUUGAUUGCAGCUGCAUGUGUAUGUUCCUUAACAUUUAUUAAUUGUGUUAAUGUGAAGUGGGGAACCCGUGUGCAAGAUGUUUUCACAUAUGCAAAAGUUAUGGCUCUUAUCUUGGUGAUAUCUGUUGGCCUUUACAAAAUUGGUAAAGGGGAAACAGAAAACCUGAGAGCUCCGUUCGAGGGCUCAGCAACCAACCCAGGGAUGAUCGCCCUGGCUCUCUACUCUGCCCUCUUCUCCUACUCAGGAUGGGACACGCUCAACUACGUCACUGAGGAAAUGCAGAACCCCGAGAGGAAUCUACCUCUUUCUAUUGCAAUUUCAAUGCCUAUUGUGGCUAUUAUUUACUUGUUGACAAAUAUAGCAUACUACGUAGUGUUGGACAUGUCAACUCUGCUCACAAGUGAUGCAGUGGCUGUGACAUUUGGCAAUGAAACCCUUAGUCAUGCUAAGUGGAUAAUUCCUAUAGCAGUGGCCAUGUCUUGCUAUAGUGGCUUAAACUCAUCAAUUAUUGCAGCAUCUCGGCUUUUUUAUGUUGGAGCCAGGGAAGGACACCUCCCUGUCAGCCUGAGCUUGAUUCAUAUAAAGUGCUUCACACCAGUCCCUGCUCUCCUCUUCAAUGGCUUAAUGACAUUGCUUUAUCUCCUUGUGGAAGAUGUUUUCCUCCUCAUUAAUUACUACUGCUUCAACUACUGGCUCUUUGUGGGUCUGUCUAUUGCAGGACUAAUAUAUUUGAGAUAUACUCAGCCGCAUAGACCACGACCUAUUAAACUUAGCCUCUUCUUCCCUAUAGUAUACUGUUUAUGUUCCCUUUUCCUGGUCUUAGUUCCUCUCUACAGUGACACAAUCAAUUCUCUUAUUGGUGUUGGUAUUGCACUCUCAGGCAUUCCUGCAUAUUAUUUGGGAGUCUAUCUGCCAGUUGAAAAACGACCUAAAUGUCUACAGUGGCUCUCUGCUACAACAACAAAGUAUUUUCAGAUGCUCUUCUACUGUGCUCUGUCAGACCUGGACACAGACAUGGAACCUACAGCAGCUAAGAGUAAAUAGAGUUACCUUGACAUUGAGAGUUGGGCCAUGACAUCUCCUCCUUGGAGCAAUUUUUAUCAUCUGAAGUUCUCCCCAUGUGUUCAGUCAUACUAAAGCACUAAUCACUGUACUGUGCAUCAUUUUGAUGUCAGUUAAGUUUUGCUUGUUAGCAAAUUAGACUAAUUCAGUCUUCUGAAAUGGAAAAGACAAUAACUGUUAAAAAAAAAAAAAAAGGCUGUCAGCCUUGCAACCUAGACCACAAAAACAGGUGCUCCAGCUCAAAUAUGGUUUGUUGAUAUGCAGUGCCAUUUGUAAUCCUUGUUGGCAAGUCAUAGUUCCUUUCUGUAUUUAUAUUUGCAAGUAACCUACAUUGUUUCUAAUUUGAAUUUCAUCAUUCCUCUUCAAUUAAGGUAGUUUAAUCUUAUACAGAUCCCUGUAGUUUGUAGAAUUAUCGUGUUUCAUUGUCGUCUGCUCAGAGAAAGAGCAAUGGAAUAGGCAAUUGUUGCUACUUACACCUCUCUUCAUUCCCAUCCCACACUGUAAGGUCAGCUGCAGGAUUGUAAUUUCAUGUAUCUCCAACGCUGUGUUUGCUGAUAGGGCUCCUAUGAAAUCUUCUGUUUGCAUUUCAAAGCCAUAUGCAGUGGCAGCUUCUUUGCGGCAAGGUUUUCUUUCGAUACAAAGUAUGAACAAUGAAAAUGCAAUUAAUUAAGGUAAACAUGAAGAUAUUAGAGAUGCAUGUUUUGCUUUUUGGAAGCCACUGUUUUCAAGCACUAAAAUCAGUUAGGUAUCACACCCACAAAACAGAAAGAGAAAAGAAGACCUGGGAUGUAGCUGCAGCUCAGAAUAUGCCCAUGUACUCUUCACACACAACACGUCUCUGUCACACUAUAGCACCACUGUGCUCCUGCUCUAUGACUGUACAGAAAUAUUGCAUUUUCGUACCAUCUCUUACGAAGUGCUGGUUAGUGACAGAGCUGUGGUCCCAGACUGUAUCGGGGUACAGAGACAGUACAAACCCUACAAGCCGGUACCAAACUAAACGUGACAGUCUUUGCCUCCACGGAGUUCAAAGUCAUGCUUGAUGCUGAGCCAUGUAUCACACCAAGACACCAGAGGUGAUGUCUCAGAUGGUAACAGAUAGCAGCGUUACAGGUAGUGCAAUAAGGGUAUGGACUAAGACCACGUCCAUACAAAAUUCUGAGCUGAGAAACUUCUUUUGUUGUCUGUUCUUUGCUAAAAUCUGGUUUUGUUUGUAUCUGUGUAUCGGGUUUGGCUGAGAUGGAGUUCAUUUUCCCCAGAGCAGCCCCCACAGUGCUGUACUUUGCAUUGGUAGCUAGAAACUUGUUGAUAACACAUCUGUGUUUUGGCUACUGCUGAGCACAGCAUCAGCAGUCUUCCCAGCAUUCCACCCCACAUCAGUAGGCUGGGGAUGGGCAGGAUCUUGGGAGUGGACACAGCUAGAAUAGCUGACCCAAAUUGACCAAAAGGAUAUUCCAUACCAUGUGACAUAAGCUCAGAUAUAAAAGCUAAGAAAAGAAGCAGGAAAGGGGGGCAUUAGUUAUUUACAAAGUUUGCCUUCCAGAGCAACUGCUAUGUGUGCUGAAGUCCUGCUUCCCAGGAAGUGGCCGGACAUCACUUGCUGAUGGGAAGUAGAGGAUAAAAUUAUUUUUCUCACUCUUUGCUUGUGCACAUUUGCUUUAGCAAACUGCUUUAUCUCAACUUUCAAGUUGUUUUCCAUCUUAUUUUCUCUACCAUGUCCAGCUGAGAAGGGGGAGUGAGAGAGCAAUUUGCUAGGCACCCAGCAUCCAGCCAAAGUCAACCCACCACAGCCUGUUAAAUUUCUGGGUAUGACCCACAAGCCUUCACUUUCUUUCUGGACAGAAGGAAAGCAGUAGUCAGAUGCAAGGUUAUAAAUGUAAAUAAAGUCAUUGAAAUUCUCCAUGGACAUUGGAAUCUCAGAUAUGUUAAUGUGUUUGUUGAUUUUUCACUUCUUACAAAUAAUAUAUGUAAGUUAUUGCCAAAUAUCUAAAGUAAGUCAUAGAUGUUGCAAGUGUUUAAACAAAUAAACAUUUGAGCCUUG